UGUUGUUCCAGUUGUAGCGACAGAGCAGCUGCACAAUCCGGCGACUCUUUAGGGAAGGGUUGGAAUUUUUUUUGAUUAUUAACUGAUCAUAAGUAAACCUGUUGUAUCACAGACAAAGACUGGAGCAAACUAAACUUUUCCUUCUGUGCGCACCAACUUCUGAUUUUUGACUUUUGACUUCUGCGCAUCUUUUCCAUCAACUUUUCAUCUGGAUUUAAACCACGCAAGCAGAACAUCCAGGUGCAUUACGGUUUGAGGACUGAGACCUUUAAAGAUCAGGAUCAUUACAGCCAGGAUGAUGAUCUGUGGCCUCCACACUCUGCUGUUGUUGGGAGCUCAGCUGGUCCUCUCAGUCCGGGCCCUGACUGUCCCUACAAGCCAAAACAACUUCUUCUACCAUGACUUCCUCAAAGGAAAUAGCAAAAAAGAAAUUCAUUUCAGAGGUGUGAAGCUCCAUGUGGACUCUGCUCAGCCAUCAGUGUUUGCAGUCAGAGGGGGAAAUGCCACCAUGCCAUGCAGGUUUUGGCACGAGCCUGAGCUGAGCUCACCAAGGGAAGUCCGGGUUAAGUGGUCCUGGCUACCUGCUGCUGGGGGAGAUGAGACAGACGUGCUGGUGUCCAUUGGCUCCCGUGUUCGAAGUUUUGGAGACUUCAGGGGUCGUGUACAGCUCAGACAGGAUUUCCCAGGAGAUGCUACACUCAUGGUGACUAAACUCCAGCUGAAUGACACAGGCCGCUAUCGCUGUGAGGUGGUGGACGGAUUGGAGGAUAAGAGCUCUACAGUUGAUCUGGAGCUACAAGGGGUGGUGUUUCCCUACCAGCACCCUCGUGGUCAUUACCACCUGAGCUUCCUGGGAGCCCAGCAGGCCUGCAAGGAGCAGGACUCAACACUGGCCACCUUCACACAGCUCUUUCAGUCCUGGAAGGAGGGCCUGAACUGGUGUAACGCAGGCUGGCUGGCUGAUGGGACAGUGCAGUACCCCAUCACCCGUCCUAGAGUGCCCUGCGGGGGGCACAGCCUCGCCCCGGGUGUACGAAGCUACGGCAGACGGCACCGUCACCUGCAUCGCUAUGAUGUCUUCUGCUUCUCCUCUUCACUACGAGGGAAAGUCUACUAUCUUCAGCCCUCUCACAAGAUGAAUCUGACAGAGGCUCAGCAGGUGUGUCAGGAGUACGGAGCGGAGAUUGCCAAAGUCGGACAGCUCUACGCUGCCUGGAAAUUAAGAGGGUUGGAUCACUGUGCCGCCGGCUGGCUGGCAGACGGAAGCGUCCGGUAUCCCAUCACCAGGCCACGGCGAAACUGUGGCCCCUCUGAGCCCGGGGUGCGCAGCUUUGGCUUCCCACCUGCUCAGCACAAGCACGGAGUCUACUGCUAUGAGUCAGAUGAUGAAUGAACAUACAUCUCCCUCUUCUAUGAGCUCAGAAAUGCAAAGUUAACACUUUUUUUGAGGUAAUAACAGAUCAUUUUAUAUCUUCAUGCCUCUAAACAUUAUUCAGACCUGGUUGUAGACAGUGUUAAUGCAGCACAAGUAGACAUUUGUUUAUUUUUUAAGAUUGUUUUCACCGCUAUCGUAUUGAGUGACAAUGAAGAUACAGAUAGGAAACAUGACAGGAAAAAAGUUUCUCAGCUGUAAAUCAAGUGAAAAGGUUAGGAACCACUUGUAUCAACCUUUUUUAAAACUAUUAUAUCUACAGUAAGUCAUUGAAGUUUUCUAUUUAGAUUAUUGUUAGAUGAUUGUCACUGACAGUUCUACUGUAUAUCCAUGUGUCUCAGGUGAUUUCCACAGUAAGGCAGGUGUUGGAAAUGUAACUUAUUUUUGGUGAAACAAAUGCCUUUCCUAACCAUUAAAAUCCUUGUACAAAAGUACCAUCUCUCUCUCUCUGCACACAAAUGUUACACCCACAUACACACAACUUCAACAACACAGCUGUGAAAGAAAACAUGGCAGGAGGUUUAUCGAUACAGUAGAUUUAUUUGAAUAAAAAACAAUUCGUAAUAUAUUUCAGGCUUUA